AUGGCAGACAGUUCACAUUCCCUCGGUAAAUCCGUACUAGGUAGCGAUGCGUUGAGUAUCCCCAAAUUGUUCGACGUAAAAGGAUGGGUCGCUGUUGUCACUGGAGGAGGAACAGGAUUGGGAUUGGUGACUGCAGCGGCAUUAGCUGCAAAUGGUGCAAAAGUGUAUAUCACCGGUAGAAGACUUGAACCUCUUGAGCAAGCUGCCAAAGAAGCUUCACCGAAGCAAGGUGGUGGUCAGCUUAUCCCUAUACAGGCUGAUGCAAGUACCAAAGAGGGUAUUCAAAAAAUGAAAGACAUCAUUGAGAGUAAAGAGAAAUGGAUCAAUGUUCUAGUCAAUAACCACGGUGUAUCUCUUGGACACGCCGAUCCCAACGCUGUUGAACAGACUCCAGAAGCACUUUCAAAGGAGAUGUUCGAGAAUGAGACAUUUGAUCAUUGGCUUGACGCAUACCGUAUCAACACCGCAUCAUACUACUUCACCUCAUUCGCUUUCCUCCCUCUGUUAUCAGCAGCCAAGACAGUCGGUAAUUUCCCCGAACCAGGGAAUAUCCUCAAUCUAGGUUCGGUCAGUGGUAUUUGCAAGACCAGUCAGAAAGGUCAAUUCAGCUAUAAUGCUAAUAAAGCCGCUACCAUCUCCUUAUCUCAUCAACUAGCUACUGAAUUCGCUAGACGAGACCUCUAUGUCCGAGUCAACGUGAUCUGUCCGGGAUAUUUCCCAUCGGGUAUGUCAACGAUCGAAGAUCAAUAUCAAGGGUCAUCAAGUAGGGAGUACUUCAAACAACGAUGGGGUACACCAUUUGGUAGAGCUGGUAAUGCCGUCGAUUACGCUCAGUGUAUUUUCUCACUCAUCUCCAACCAAUAUAUCACGGGGGCCGAACUGGUCAUAGAUGGAGGAUGGCUUUUGGUUCAACGUGAGUCAUUUCCAUCCGAAGUGGUUUAA